AUGUCGAGUUCUUCAUCUUCCAGUUCUGCACAUAUCUUGAUCUUCCCAUACCCUGCACAGGGCCACAUGAUUCCAAUUCUAGAUUUUGCUCAUCAGCUUUCUCUGCAUAAUCUAACCAUCACCGUACUCGUAACACCAAAAAACCUCCCAAUUCUCGAACCUUUACUCUCCAAAAACCCUUCUAUCAAACCACUAGAAUUACCUUUCCCAGGAAAUCUCAAAAUACCUAAAGGUAUUGAAAAUGCAAAAGACCUAUCACCCGCUCUAAUUCCAGAUAUGAUGAUCACCAUGAGCAAACUAUAUGAUCCUUUACUCAAGUGGUUCAAACCUCAGACUUCACCACCUGUUGCAAUCAUAUCAGAUUUUUUCUUAGGUUGGACACAGAAUCUCGCUUGUGAGCUCAACAUACCUCGUAUUGUUUUCUCUACUACUUGUGCCAUGGCGCUUUCAAUUAUUGAUCUGUUGCAAACCGGCGUGCUCCACAGCACAAAUGAUGAUCCAAUUUCUAUCCAUCAAAUUCCAAAUUCCCCAACUUUCCCUCGGUGGCAUAUCCCUAGCUUGAGAGAUUCUUUUUCUGAUAGAAAUGAAGAUUCUGUUACUAACAGAAAAAAUUUGCUUGCAAAUGUUCGUAGUUGGGGAGUUGUGUUUAACUCGUUUACCGAGUUGGAAACGGUGUACUUGGAUUUCAUGAAGAAGAGAACUGACGGGUUGGGUUAUAAGCGAGUCUGGGCCGUGGGACCGCUUUUUCCUAAUGUCGAUCCCACCGCCAAGGACAAGGACAGAGGCGGGCCUAGUUCAGUAUCACCUGGAAAAAUCCUCUCAUGGCUAGAUAAAUGUCCGAAGAAUUCAGUGGUCUUUGUUUGUUUUGGCAGUCAAGCUGCACUCCCAAAUAAGCAAAUGGAAGCGCUGGCAGCUGGGUUGGAAUGCAGCAAAGUUCGUUUUCUAUGGUGCGUUAAAGAGCCUACAGAAGGACUUGCUAAAGGUGCAUACAGUGCUCUUCCUGCAGGAUUUGAAGAGCGCACAGCUGGUAGAGGAAUGGUGAUUAGAGGAGGAUGGGUUCCGCAAUUGUUAAUUCUAAGACACCCAUCUGUUGGAUCAUUCAUGACUCAUUGCGGGUGGAACUCGACACUAGAAGGACUCACCUCGGGAGUUGUCUUGUUAGCUUGGCCGAUGAUGGCUGAACAGUUCCUUAAUGCAAAUCUCAUUGUGGAUCAAUUGAAAGUUGCUAUCAGGGUUUGUGAAGGGAAUGAAUUGGUUCCUGACUCAGUUAAGUUAGGAGAGUUGGUCGCUGAGUCAUUCAGCGAGCGUUGGAGAGUUAGAGCUCAGAAGCUAUAUAAGGCUGCAAAUGCAGCGGCUCAACAAGGAGGAACGUCAUUCAAGGACUUGCAAAGUCUGGUUAAAGAUUUGCGCGGGCUUAACAAAUAA